AUGGGGGUUGGUGUGGUGAACUUAUUCUUUCUUGCAGCAUUCGUAUUUUUGAAUAGUGCCCCUGACACCGCGGGGCAUCAAAUAAGCACACUUCAAGAAAAUCCUUUCGCCGGUGUUUUUGAGGAUGUCUCUCAUAAGGUGGUGGAGAGGGCAGUCGCAAAUCCGAAAACUGAUAUUGAAAUAGUCCAGGAGUACCUUGACAGAAAAGUCGUUGAAGAGAAAGUAAGGGAAACAUGGGGUCAGCUAAUGACAAGUACACCAAGGGCAGUUACAGAAACAAAUACCCGGGCAGGAAAACGCGUCACUUUUGAAAACACUGGACAAUUAUCCCUAAAAGAAGCGUUUCAGUAUAUGCAGUUUUACCCUCUCCUUUACGGCGACGAAACAAAACCAACAGAAUUCCGUGUGCCAAUUGGAGCCGAUGAACAGAGGUUUAAGCUCGCCAAUGAAGCCGGUGGUACUUUUUCACUGAAAGCUGUUCGCUCAGGCGGCAGGGUGGUUGAUCUUUCUAAUCUCCAGGGUGCAUCUGAUACAUUGUCCGACCCCAAUCUCAAAAAUCCCUUAAGGAAUACGAUACCGGACUGGUCUUCACAAGCUUUAGAUGCAAAGUUAAAUAAUCAGCCUGAUUUUGAUGCAGUGUUGCAAACUCACGACACCACAGGAACAGUAUCUCAGUCAGAACAAGAUGAAGCUUUUCGAGCCACCAGAGACGUUUUGGUUGGUACUGCUGUGCAAAAGAACACCUUGGCCGGCCUAAAUCCAUCUCCAGCCAACUGGCUGCAGACAACAAGUAGGGAUAUUGACACAAAAAUGGAAGGAGUCGAUGAGGAGCUUAGUCAGGCCAUAGCAGAUGAAGGAGAAACGAAAUUGAAAUUUGAACUCACUCAGAGUAUUCUUAAAGACAGUCAAAAAGCGAUUAACGAGUGGGAUAAAUUGAAACAAACCGACGUAUCAGCAACUUCAAGUACAAAAAUUGUUGAAGAGGAGACUGUUGGGACCGGAAAAUCAAAACACUUAGAGGUGACAGUUCACGAAACAGAUAAGGUAUCCAUGAAGGAGGUAUUCAAACUUCUGCAAUUUUAUCCAGAGUUAUAUCCUAACCAAGGAAACAAACAAACAAGGUUCGAAGUUCCAAUUGGCGGGGAGGAAAGUAAAUUUCGUUUAAGUAAGGCCCCAAGGGGGGUAAACCAGAUAUUGGUCCAUACUAAUGAUGCUGAUUGGCCCGGUACUACGAGAAGGGGCCGCAAAGGAAAAGGUGGUGUCUGGGCACCUGAUUACGACACAAUGGUAGAUGACGUUCUUAAGAGGUUCCCUAACCGUGAUAGGCUGGCGAACGCUAUGCUAGAUUCCGUUGACAACGAUCUUGAAAGUCAGCCUGAUUUUUCAAAAAAACUGAAAAUCUCCGGCAAAAGUAAAGAAUCUGCCGACACAAAGCGGGCCACAGUAGAAUUUAUGGUUGUCUCAAUGGUUGCAGAAGCGGCUCAGCCCGCCGAUGAGUUCAAAACCAAGUUUAUAAAGGACCUAGCAAAAACGAUAAGAGACCAGAAAAGUUUUCCAGAAGCUAAAGACAUUCCUAAUCUGGCAAAACUGAAAGGGAAAAAAUCAGGAAGAAGUCCCGCGAUGGACGAAGUUGUCGAUGGCAUGCUAAAAAACGUCGGACGUAAACGAAAACGCAUUGACGAAGUCUUCAGCAAAGAUGAAUUUCCGGUGAGAAAAAGAGGUGGGACGAGGCAAGGACGCGUUCUGGUACAUAAGCAAGGGAGCGAGACAGUCCCUUCAUAUUUAAUCCGCAAACGUGCCGCUGGAGAUCACGAUGGAGAGGUUAUUGCUAGAAAGGUCGCCAGAUACUGCACAGGGACAAGACGUAGGAGAAAGCGGUUUGCUUGUUCACUAAACGAUAGAGACUCCACCGUCGUCGAUGAGGAUUCUAUCAAAGUUGAUGAAGACAAGGUGGAGUUUGAUGUGGCAGACCGCCGUAAUGCCAAAGAACGAGAACAUGUCCAGUUAGAAGUAAGCCCUGAUGAGUUAGCUACACCCAAACUUAUCAAGGACAAUCUAUCAAAAUCUCGGAGGACUGGAGCUAGUGAGGCAUACUCAAAGGUCAAUAAAGGUCUAGCUGUUCAUGGUCUGAUAUUUUCCGUUCUUGGCGCUGUUAACUACUUCGAAGAGGGUGACAACCUUCGAGGCGCAAUAUCCGUGGCCCAGUCUGCCCAUACACUAGGGGGACUAACUGGUCUCAAUGAAAUAGUAUCUAAGGUUGGUAAAAGAGUUUUGAGCAGUGCGGCCAAAGGGUUAGCAAAAGGUUUGAAUCUAGAAAAAGGGUUAGAAAGGUUGUCCACUAAACUGGAAAGGUUCGCGGAGAGAGGAGUCGGUGAGCUACUUGGCGACAUACCUGUGGUUGGACUUGCGUUCGAUGUCUACUUCAUUGAACAAGACAUCGAACAGAUUGCUAAUUUAAAUCUUAAUGAUCCAGAAGACCUCAAACUAUUACCACUUCGUGUUAUCGAUUUAGCACUUGACGUUAGCACUACAGUUCUGAGCUUAGUGGGAACAUUUUGCCCUGAAGCAGAAGUGGUCACAGAGCCUCUAGUCAUUGUCCUUUCAAUAAUACGAAUGGCUAUUGACGAUUUUUACAUUGAUAUUAUGGCGGAAAUGGAGAAAAUAAAUUGGAAAAGUCCGUGGGCCGGAUUAGAGUUUCUUGGAGCGCUGGUGAAGGGAUUCUUGGAGGGAGCUGCAGAUUUCCUAACAGGUGGCUUAAGAAGACAGAUGGAGAAUUACAGGAAACAGGUAGAAUACGAUAAAAAACUUCUUCGAGACUUAAAGAAUCCUGACAAUUAUUACACAAUAGUUGCAAACAAACAAGGGGGUGGCGAGACAAUCGAUUUCACAUCGGGAAGGCUAUCAAGUUUUGGUGGCUACAUCAACUUUAGGCUUCAUGACAACAAUCGAGCUACUUUAGAAAUCGGAGAUGUCUCUGGCAGCCAAAGUACAAUACGCAAGACAUUUACAGUGGGUUCUAAUCUAAAAGACAUUGUCCUUGGGAUCGGGGAAUCAAGGUCUUUCACCUACAAGCAUGAAACCGCGAAGCUGUGGUUCGUCAUUCCAAUUAAGUCAUACGAUGUAAUAUGUGGGGCAAAUCUCCAUGAGAAAUCUGUUUACGGAACUUAUUAUGGAAACUCUAACAAUAAUACAUUUUACGCCGUGCAGAAUCCAAAGCCCACAACCAAACCGCCCGGCAAAGAGAACCAAGAUUGUAACUUUGGAAAUCUCAACCUUAAGUUCGUUACAGGAAAUUACCAUUACAAUCUGUAUGGGAGGGGUGGUAGUGACACUUUUUAUCUCGGACCGGAAAUGUCCACUGUCACAGGAGGAUCAGAAAGUGAUCUGUACAUUAUUCAGUCAGAUGGCGGAAAAACCAUAAUAGAUAACUUUGCUGAAGAUAACAAACGCGACAUCAUUGUAAUAAACGUUGCUUUUGAUAGUAUUCAAUGUCAUCAGAGUAGAGCCGAUCUUGACGUCUCUUAUUCUAUGAGUCAUCACAUUCGAAUCAAGAACUGGUUUGUUCCUGGAGAUCCCACCUACUACCGCCACGUCUCGUUUCGCAGUCUGGAUGGAGUCAUUUUCGUCCCGAAACAGACCUUGAAUAGCGAAGAUAUCCAUGCCGUUCGAUGUGUAGCAGUGGCUCUUGACUUCGGCGCAGCAAAGACAGCUCAAACGGUUUUAUUAAAUACUACGAAAUACAGUCAAGUUAAGCAAGUUUCGGGGUCAAAUAGCUCUGAUACCAUCAUCGGUAACGAUGUCAAUAACGUCCUAGAAGGCGGUCGUGGAGCUGAUCAUUUAACUGGAGGCAAAGAUGAAGACACCUACAUCAUCAGAGAAAGCGAAGGAUGCGAUGUUAUCAAUAACAAUGCAGACGACUUCUUAAACACUACUGACAUUGUUGUGUUCGAUGUACCCUUUGAUAGGAUAGAAGUUCAGAUACAAGACAAUGACCUGUCUGUAACCGAUAGGGACAAUGCACAAAGCUCAUGCUUUACCAUAACAAAUUGGACCAUAGGAUUCCGAUAUAGACAUAUUCUAUUCACGUCUAAAGAUCACGUUGUUUUCAACGUUUCCACAAGCGAAGACGACAGUGUAAUGAAAGUUCCAAUCAUGCUGGAUUACAAAACUUCCACCUCUGGUGUCUGUGUCGAUUUGUCCAAUUCACCAAGUCCAACAUGUGUCAAACCUGCGGGUUACACCAACAUAGCCACCGUUUCAGAUUCGCCAUAUAACGAUCGCGUAGUGGGAAAUGCACAAACCAACUUUUUAAGCUGCACUGGUGGAGAAGAUUUCCUUGAGGGCGGAGAGGGAACGGACAAUUAUGUGGUCAAGAAAACAUGUCAAAAAGCAACGAUCAAUAAUUAUGACGGUCGCAAGAAAGUUGAUUUAGUGUACAUAGAGGAAACGUUUCUAAACUUACAACCGCAGAGGAACAACAAAGACUUAAAGGUACUCUCAAGUCAUGGGACACCAACUGUUGUACUCCGCAACUGGUUUAAUUCGUCUUACAACCAACAUCUGGGGAUAAGAACUAUCGAUGGUAUUACACUUAGAAUAGAUAACGCGACUGGAACAUUCGAGCCAUAUGAAGUAUCUAAGGAUCCUGCUGAAUGUCAAUGCACGGACGCCGGCUGUGACCGGGGAAUAAUAGAGUACAAUCUUACCAGUGACCCUUGGAAACAUGUGGCCCGUUUUGAAUUAAAAUCAAGCCACUGCAGCUACAAAAUUUACGGCAAUGAACUUAACAAUUACCUUGAUCCAGGAGCAGGCAAUGGUUAUAAUUACCAGCACUUGGAAGGAAAGAAUGGAUCAGAUACCUACGUGUUUAAACACGGGUAUGGGGAGUUUAAUGAAAUAAACAAUUAUGCGGAAGACGGCAAGGCAGACGUCCUCCAAAUUGGAACGGACUUUGACGAUAUCCACGUAUAUUUUCACGGACAAAAUGACGUCAUUCUUGCAUCAAAUACACGACCCAGUUCACUAAGUGUUUUAAUUCUCGAUUACUUCCGCGGCCAUAAGUAUCAGCAUCUCCAGGUGAUAUCAGAGGACAAGAUUGUCUUUAAUAUUUCCAAAAAUUAUCCUUACAGAGAGAUAAUCGCCGUUGAUCGCAGGAUCAUUGAUUCGCCACAAAACAUCGAUCCACAAAAGAAUAGCUUAAUCGCCGCAGCCUUAGACUUUAGGGGAUCCCUUACCGCUUCUAACAACCUGACAGGAAGCAACACAACAUUAGAAAUCGAGGGUGGCGCUCAAGACGACAUUCUACGCGGAGGACAACAAGGAACUAUUUUUGAUGGAAAGCAAGGUAAUGAUACGAUUUAUGGUGGUGCUGGUAACGACAUAAUUUUCGGUGGUGAUGGUGAUGAUGUCAUAUUUACUGGUAACGGAGAUGACUACAUUUAUGGGGGAAACGGAGCGGACAACAUAAAUGGUGGAAAUGGCAGUGAUACACUUGCUUUCAAAGGUGAUGGUUUUCUUCGCCAAGGAGUCACUGUUGAUCUAAAUAUCGGAUUUGGACAACAGGCUGAUGCAGAGGGAGAUAUCUAUACGAGUAUCGAAAACGUUUACGGUACUAUACACGAUGACUUUUUGAUCGGAUCUGAUUCUGAUAACAAGCUGUACGGUCUUGAAGGAAACGACACACUGGCUCCCCUUGGCGGUGCUGACAAACUUGUAGGGGGUGAAGGAGAAGAUUUAUAUCUACUAGAUAAGGCCUCGGGGUUAAAGAUUAUCGAUAACUAUGCAGAUGAUAAAGUUGAGGACACCCUCUCACUGACUCAUUUGAACUCCACCAAUGUUUGCAUCUUUUUAGUUGGCGACGACCUACACAUACAAGAUAAUACAUCUGACUUGGCCGCUGUUCUUUUUCACGGUGAGCUUUUGACAGUUAUAAUAUCAAACUGGAACGUGAAUGAAACUUACAAACACGUUAAAGUCUUAUUUAAUGAUACUAUAUGGGAAAGUUUCGCUUUAUCGGGCAUCGGUACAAUACUGGACAAGUUAGAAGAAAGUGCCAAUUUUAUCGAGAACGGAACGAACCUGGAAGUUGUGACAGUGAGAGGCGACAAUGUAAGCUUAUCAUGGAACCAAAACAGUGAACUUUUGGCACAUCCACAGACCGAGCUGUUUCUUGUUCAUUUUAAACAAGACGAACCCACGAGCUUGGAAAAAAUACAGGUGGAGAGUCAAACAUCUUUAACUGUUUCGUCUCUUAAUGCUUCCUCUCACUAUGUUUUCGCUCUCGCAUUAACAAAGUGUAACGGGACAAUCGCUGUAUCCCAUACGCUUAUAACUUACGGACUCCAAAGAUCUUGCCCCACAGCGCGGGUGCCAAACUCGAAUGCUGAGUACACUCCAUCGACUUCUGCUUUAGCACCAGCUCAUGGUACCAUUGCAAGUGUGAACUGUAAUACUGGAUAUAACAUUGAGAGGGACGAAAAUCAACUAAACACAACUUGCUUAGACCAAGAAUGGAUCCCCUCCCUGCCAAUUUGUAAGAGAAUAAAACAAUGCCCUGUCCUUACCAAGCCAACUAACGGAGAGAUUUCAACUAACGGGCAUGAUGAAGGAUCAAAAGCUUACUUUGUCUGUCACAAAGGAUUUGUGCUUAACGGAUCCAGGGAACGCACCUGUGUAUAUGAAUCCUGGGACGGGUCAGAUCCUAAUUGCCUGCCGCUAAGCUGCCCGAGUCCACCACCAAUCAAUAAUGGAUCGUAUGAACCUUGUGAUUACAUAAAGCAUACAAAGACAUACGGCACGAUAAGUACUCCCCUUGAAGGCUAUUGUGUUAAACUUGAAUGUGACAACUUAUACCUGCCAAGUCACGUAUUUCAUGGAAAGACGUAUCUUCCUCGAUGGGAAAGUGACUGGGAGAUACCUCAAGGCGGACGGGUGUGUAGCGAUGGAAAAUGGAUUGGGUAUGUGGACGACACCUGCGAGCUCACUAUUAGACUCGUCAAUGUGAAUAACCAGUGGAGUAAAACCAGUGGCUUUCUUCAACUGUGGAAAAAUGGAGCUUGGACAAACCCUACGUCCACCCCAGCACAAAACAUCCUUAAUCUUUCCUGCAAAAGUGCUGGGAUAAAUGAUCCGUCUAAUGUUAGGCACAGUACCAGCAACUCCAGGAUAAGGGUUACAUGCUCUAAGUUACGCUUGACUCAACCGAUGCCAACUAUGUAUGAAGGAAGAGUUGAAGUAUUAACUGAUGAUGGCUGGGAAGGAGUAUGCGUCACGGAAACAGGGGCAGCGGCAAAGACCGCGAGCAGUGAGAUUUGCGACGAACUUGGCUUUAACUUCAAAACCGCAGUUGUGAGCAUCAGCACUGGCUGGACAGACCAUAGACUCCAAUGUUCAGCGUAAGUAAAAAUAGAGUGGAACCCUUAGUUAUAAUGGUCGCCAGAGGAACACACGAGAGUGGCCAAAAGAUGCAUACUAUAAUGGUUUUCAUAUUAUCAGAGCUCGCUUCAUGAUAAACGCGACAGACAUAUCUCUUAUUGUUACCAAAAUAUAGGAUACAAACUAAAUGCAACAAAGAUAUGUGUAAUUUCUCAAUCUUAAAACUGUAGAACCCAUACUACCACAAGUUAGUAUCAUGAUUCCCAUACUGCUACACUUCAGUCAUCGGGGAACUUCGUUUACGCAAGUUAAGCAGGCCCUUUAACGUCUGAAACGCCCAAAAUCUGUUAGAAAGCCAGUUUUAUUAAACACGGGACACUUAUUUAGGUAUUCAUAAUAGUCUCGAUAAUAGUUUGUAGAAACCGAGAUAGAGCCUCUAGUAACUAAAUUAUCCUUUUCUGUUUUCUUUAAGAACGGCCCGAGAUUUUGUCUUGGUAAACGGUAAAAGGUGAGUAUCUGCUUAUCCAUCUUUACUUUAAUUUUUUAUUUUGGUUUUUAAAGUCCUCUGCUUUGCGAAACGAUUGAAAUCCCUUAAUGACAAACUAGUGAUUGUAUUGAGGCAUCUGUGGUGAUAUAUAAAGCUAUUAAUAUGGUUUUUUAGGUCUGCCAACUAAUUUGAACUAAGAACCGACGGUUGGCCAGGCUAGGAAGACAUGAUUUAUUUUUUGCAUCCACUUUGGGUUGUGUGAUUACAUUCAUUAACAAUAUACUUUUAUUUCCUGUUUUUAUUCAUUUAUUUAUGGUUUGUUGCAGACAACUGAUAUAUCGCCCAGUUGUGAAUAGGUAGGUGAUGUAAUCUAGCAGUUUGUAUAGGCAAUAGCAUGAUUAGUAGUGAUAUUUGGCAUAAAUACCAUGAGUGAUAUUUCAAAAUUGUUAUACGUAAUUUCACGAGCCGUUGGCCGAGUGAAAUUUGAGACAAUUUUGAAAUACCACGAGUCGUAUUUAUGCGAAAUAUCACGUACAAAUCAUCCUAUUAUUUGUUUAUACUACUACCCACAAAAUCUUUGUAAUUUUCACAUGUAGGUAUUUCAAAUUAAGCUGAAAUACCACUGCUCUAAGCCAAUCAAAUUGCAGAAAUUUCUCAUGUAGUAGUAUAACUUUAGAAACCACUUAAGAGGUUCUCACAAUUCCCAAGACGACAUCCAGAACACAACAGUAUCUGCAAAUUCCAGGCAAACAUCUUAAAGAAGUCUAGAAAUACCCGAAUAUAGAGAGCGUUUCCACUCAUGUGACAGGAACUACGCUUAUUUAUUGUAACAAAAGAAAGAGUUCACAUAAGAAAAGACUUCAACUCCCACAGGACUCACAGUAUUUGCCCUGGCGAAAAUGAGCGCACUUCAUAGCUGGCCUCAGGUUUGCUUGUCAGAGACUAGAUAAGGCGGAUACUUGGUAAAGAAAUAUAAAAAAGUGUCAAAGGUUUUCAAAAAAAAGACCUGGAAAUACCCAACUAUUUCGAACUACAGAUGUAAUGAAGGACUCUACAUUUUACUUUUUGUUAUAGUGGAAACAGCAGGUGCAGUUUGCAGGCGCACAGACAAAAUUGUGGUAAAAUGGUACGAUGCAGACAGAGGUGUACUAACAAUUAUCCAGUUCCGCAUGGCUAUCCAGAUUGCACAGGAAAAUAUGAAGACGACACAUGCACAGUUCAUUGUAACAAUGAUUACAAACGCUUUGGAGACUCUCAAGUUUAUUGCAAAGGAGGAGUCUGGACAAGGCAAAAUGGGCAAGCCGCCUCAUCAAACUGCAAAUAUAUACGUGAGUACCAUAAGGAUUAGGCAUUUUGAAUAUUGUGUAGCGGAAUGAAAUUCGUCUUACUAAAACUAAUUCACAUAUGUCAAGGAAGAACGCAUAACCUGCUUCGUCUCACUGCGAAGUUAUAGGUGUGUGUUAAUUUACUGGUUGAUUAUCGCAAAAAUUGGUUGUUCAAACGUUGGAUAGCCGCUUUUAAAACCGGAUAAAUUAUGAUCCAGCGGACAUGUUCUCGUGACUAAUUGCCACUGGACAGAGAAUUAUUCAGUGGUUAUCCACCUCACCUUUUGAACAAUGACUGGGACCAGACGAAUUUCGUUAGAUCAUUUCAAGGACAUGGCCUUUAUUAAAAAAAGCAAUACGGAAUUUCAAUGGCGUUCGUCGAAAAACGAUAUAUAUACUCUUAAUAAACUAUUCUUUUGGCCGAACGGUGACAACGUGUUUUGGUUCUAGAGGUCUUAACUUUAUCGAGCCAUGGCAAGUUCCUACUGAUCGUUUAGAAGAUGUAAUAGGUUUGAUACGUCCUUGGGAAAAAGCCACACACCAAAGAAAUAUUUACCAUCGGAACUUGCCAUUGAGUGAACCCAGGGGAAAAUAGAGUGUUUUCACUUGACGUCACGGCGGCCAUAUUGGGUGUCCCAAAACAAUGAAACGGCGGCCAUGUUGGUGUCCCAAACCAGUCUUGUGGGAUUUGAAUUCUUUUCUUAUGAAACUCUUUCUUUUUUUCCAAUAAAUUUGCAUAGAUGCUGGCCACGUGAGUGAAAGCACUCUAUAGGUAGAGAGACGGUAAACACAGGAAAAUGGGAUAUCCGUAUAGGGACAAAAAGCUUGCUGCAAAUAAGUUAUGACUUGAACUCAUCUCUCCCAAAAAGUGCCUGAGAGGUAAACGCCUCAACUCAAGGGUGUUAUAUAAUUCACGACGAUAUCUUGAUCAUGUAUUAUCCAAUCAUUUUUUUUUUCAGCGACACUCGCCGGGGACGAUAUCGCGAGGCUUGUGAGGGAUAACAGCGGAAAAAGCAUCAACAGCAUGGCAAUAUUUUUAAGAAAUCACUUGGUCAAUACUUAUCCCACCCAAUAUUGGGUAGUUACCGUAUAUAGAGAUGUUACUGGCUAUGAUAAACACGCUUUUAUUGGUGCAAGCUCUCGUAUUAGCUAUAAGUUCAGACAUCAUGGUUUUAACUAUGUUGUCACUCGGUAUCCUAAACAUUCCGCUCGCAGUCCCGGUGUAUCAAUCAGCAGCGUAGUUGGCUCAAUAACUGGAGAUGACGCUAAAAGAGUUCGUGAUAGCAUUAAGAGUAAGUUUCAAGCACGUGGUCUAACGUAUACCUCCAUUCACGUGGUGAAAAGGAGAUGGAAAGGGUGGUGGUGGGAUACUUACGGAAUGACUCUAACCACAUCACCUAAUAUACUUAGCAGAAACUUUUUCUGGAGAGAGUUCUCGAAUGUAAUAGUCAUUGUUGUAGCUCCUUAUUAA